GGCGGGGCCGGGCGCGCGCCCCCGCGGCCCCCCUCUCCGUGCCCGCCAUGGAGGCCUUGCUGAGGAGCUGCCGUCUCCCGGCGCUGGGCGCUCGGCAGUGCGGGAUCAGGGCCCGGCACGGCGGCGCCCCGGGCAGGGCCAGGCGCCUGCGGCUCUCGCAGCUCUUCCAGCCGCUGGCCCUGCCUGUGGGCAGCCAGGUGGGCUCCGAGGGCCGGCCCGGGGAGCCCACCUGCCGCAGCCAGCGGCUGAUGCUGCAGGCGGGGCUCAUCCAUCCUACCAGCCCCGGCUGCUACUGCUACCUGCCGCCCACCGUCCGCGCCAUGGAGAAGCUGAUCCAGGUGAUGGACGAGGAGAUGCGGGCCGUGGGUGGGCAGAAGCUGAACCUGCCCAGCCUGUGCUCGGCGGAGCUGUGGCGCGCCAGCGGCCGCUGGGACCAGAUGGGGCCGGAGCUCUUCCGGCUGGUGGAUCGGCACGACCACGACUACUGCCUGGGCCCCACGCACGAGGAGGUGGUGACGGCGCUGGUGGCCUCGCAGACCGGCCUGUCCUACAAGCAGCUCCCGCUGCGCCUCUACCAGGUCACCAGGAAGUUCCGGGACGAGCCCAAGCCCCGCUUUGGCUUGCUGCGCAGCCGGGAGUUCUACAUGAAGGACAUGUACACCUUCGACAGCUCCGAGGAGGCGGCUCGGCGCACCUACGAGCAGGUGUGUGCUGCCUACUGCAGCCUCUUUGCCCGCCUGGGCCUGCCCUUCGUCAAGGUGCAGGCGGCCACGGGCAGCAUCGGUGGCAGCACGUCCCACGAGUUCCAGCUGCCGGCAGACAUCGGCGAGGACAGGCUGCUGCUGUGCCCUCAGGGGCAUUUCGCAGCCAACGUGGAGACGCUAAAUGGGGAGCAAACCUCGUGCCCCACGUGCGGGGAGAAACUCACCGAGACCAAAGGCAUCGAGGUGGGGCACACGUUUUACCUGGGCACCAAGUACUCCUCCGUCGCCAACGCCGUCUUCUCCUCCGCCGAGAACAAACCCCAGCUGGCAGAAAUGGGCUGCUACGGCCUGGGCGUCACUCGCAUCCUGGCGGCCUCCAUCGAGGUGCUCUCCACCGAGGACAGCAUCCGCUGGCCCAGCCUCAUCGCGCCCUACCAGCUCUGCUUCAUCCCCCCCAAGAGGGGCAGCAAGGAGGAGGAGGAGGGAGCGGCGCUGCUGGAGCGGGUGUACGAUGAGCUGGCCGAAGCGCUGCCCCAGCUCGCCGCCGACUCGGUGCUGGACGACCGGAGCCAGCUGACCAUCGGCAAGAGGCUGAAGGAUGCCAAAAGGCUGGGCUAUCCCUACGUGGUGGUGGCUGGGAAGAGGGUCUGCGAGGACCCCCCGGUCUUUGAGGUUUGGAAUCAGAAUGCCAGCGAGGUUUUGUUCCUCACCAAAGAAGGCGUCAUAGAGCUGCUGAGUAAAGUGCAAGUCCCUUAAGUGCCUCCUCUCUGAAUCCGUCAUCUCUGCUGCAGUGAGUUCAUCUGGGCAGCCCUGGCGAUGGCUCUGGGUGAGCAGAGGCAAA